AUGAUAUCAUCAGUUCUUGUUUUAUACACAGUAUUAAUUGCACAAGGAGUUCAAGCAUGGUGGUAUGGAGGUGGUUAUGGUUACCAUCCUUUUGGUGGUUAUGGUGGUUAUGGCGGCUAUGGUUAUGGUGGUUAUGGGGGAAUGCCAUAUUAUUCGCCUUAUCAUCAUUACGAUAUGUAUUCUGCACACAGAGGUGCACAAAUCGGUGCCGCGAUUGGCACGUUGGCUUCAACUUUUGGUAAAAAGAAAUGA